UUCUUAGUGCGCAGGAUGCUGGAUGUGGAUCUGCCUCUGCCUAUGUGUGCAGCAGAGCGCCUCCUGAGGGAAAACAACUGCACAACUUACUGUACUGAGGAGAGGAACUCCAACACUGCAGAGGACCACACCACUGCUAACAAUGCUGUAAGGAGACUGCAACCGGGCACCACUGACUGGGAUAUAUUGUUCCCUUAUAUUCAAGACAAUGUUGAAGAAUACUUGCAGAAGCACUGGCAGGAGGAGGAAUGUCAGGAAGAUGUUCUGCAGCUAAGAUUACAGGCAGAAAAAGACAGUGGACUGAAAGGAUUUGUGCCCAUUCCCAGCAGUACAGAACCUGAGUUGCAGGUUAUCAAAGGUGUGGUCGAUAAUGUACUUUGGCAGAUGUCUCUUGAUAGGAAGACAACAGCUCUUAAACAGCUCCAGGGCCACAUGUGGAGAUCUGCAUAUGCUACUGGCAAAAUAAAGGGAGAGGUAUAUGAUGAUGUGGUACCAGCCCUGAAAAAGUGGAAAGAAGCAGGCUUGAAGCUGUAUAUAUUUUCUUCUGGAAGUGUGGAAGCACAGAAACUCUUAUUCGGUUACUCAAUUGAAGGCGAUCUGCUUGAGUUGUUUCAUGGCCAUUUUGAUACCUCUGUUGGACCUAAAGUGGAAAGUGAGAGCUAUAGAAGAAUUGCUGAUGCAAUUGGGUGCAGCACUGAGAAUAUUCUUUUCCUUACAGACAUUACUAAGGAGGCAGAGGCUGCAAGGGAAGCAGGUGUGCAUGUGGCUAUAGCAGUAAGGCCUGGAAAUGCUGCCCUGACAGAUGAAGAGAAGUCAAAAUACCAACUUACUUCAUCAUUUCAUCAGAUUAACCUGCCUACCACACAAUGACCCAAGGUUACCUUAGACAUAACUGUUUUCUUUUGUCGACUGUAAUUAUAGAAAUAAACUAGUAUAUUGCCCUAUU